AUGGCGGCUGCUGAGGCGGCGGCGGUGGUGUUGUCGUCCUCUUUGAAACCAGACUCAGCCCCAGUCCCCGAAAGUGCAGGGACAGCUGCAGCAACGGCCCCCACAUCCUCAGCGAUGGCUGCAGCCGCGGCGCUUGCGGCCGCGGCCAGGACCGGAUCCGAAGCCACGGUAUCCAAGCCAGCGUUGGCUACUAAGCUGCUGUCGCUGAGCGGCGUGUUCGCUGUGCACAAGCCCAAAGGGCCCACUUCAGCCGAGUUGCUGAAUCGGCUGAAGGAGAAGCUGCUGGCAGAAGCUGGAAUGCCUUCUUCAGAAUGGACCAAGAGGAAAAAGCAGACUUUGAAAAUUGGGCAUGGAGGGACUCUAGACAGUGCAGCCCGAGGAGUCCUGGUGGUUGGAAUUGGAAGGGGAACAAAAAUGUUGACCAGUAUGUUAUCAGGGUCCAAGAGAUAUGUUGCCACUGGGGAACUGGGGAAGGCUACUGACACGCUAGAUUCUACAGGGAAAGUAACAGAAGAAAAACCUUAUGAUAAAAUAACACAAGAAGAUAUUGAAGGCAUUCUACAGAAAUUCACUGGGAAUAUAAUGCAAGUACCUCCCCUCUAUUCUGCAUUAAAGAAAGAUGGCCAGAGACUUUCAACUUUGAUGAAGAGAGGUGAUGUAGUAGAAGCAAAGCCUGCCAGGCCAGUUACUGUAUACAGUCUCUCCCUUCAGAAAUUCCAGCCACCAUUUUUCACACUAGAUGUCGAAUGUGGAGGAGGUUUUUAUAUCAGAAGCUUGGUCAGUGACAUUGGCAAAGAACUCUCUUCCUGUGCCAAUGUGCUAGAGCUGACGCGCACCAAACAGGGACCGUUCACCCUGGAGGAGCAUGCCCUGCCCGAAGACAGAUGGACGAUUGAUGACAUCGCACAGUCUCUCGAGCAGUGCUCAUCUCUUCUCCCAGCAGAGCUGGCACUUAAAAAAUCAAAACCUGAGGAGUCUAAUGAGCAAGUUUUGAGCUGUGAGUACAUAACUCUGAAUGAGACAAAGGGAGAAGAUGAUGUAAUUAAGACACUUUAA